AUGGAAUUAGAGAAUACACCAUUUGCAGUAUUGGCUACCGGAGAGAAAGGAUAUUUGGAUCUUGAAGUUCAGGUCCUCACUCCUGGUGGACAUUCUUCUAUCCCUCCUGAACACACAUCCAUUGGUACCAUUUCUAAGAUCAUUGCUAGAUACGAGGAUAGUCCUUUCGAGCCAAUUCUAGCUAACGUCAAUCCGACAUUGAAUACUUUACAAUGUAUUGCCAAUCACGCAGAUAUCGACAAGAGCGUGAAGAAAGACAUUCUUAAGGCCCAUCUGGACAAGGAAUCUAACAAGAGAGUCAUAAAGCUCUUGCUGGACAACAAGGAGACCAAGUUCAAUGUUUUGACUAGUCGUGCUGCCGACAUUAUUUACGGUGGUGACAAAGUGAAUGCUUUGCCGCAGAAUGUGACCGCAUUGAUCAAUCACAGAAUUGCGCACGGAAACGAUUUUGAUACCGUAAUCUCAAAGAUCACCAAGAUUUCCACAGGUGUUGCAAGAGAACAUGGCUUGGGAUUAAUUGUUGAUGGUAAGGUGCUCAUUGAGCCUGGAGCAGCAGGAUCGAUCAGCUUGAAAGCCAAAUACAAACUGGAAGUUGCUCCAAUUACCCCAAUUGACGAUGACGUUUGGGUGUCUUUGAGUGGACAUUACAGAACUUUCUACGAGGAUCUGGUGUAUCCAGAGAAGUUUCAAAACAAUACAUUGAUUGUUAGUCCUGGUAUUAUGUCAGGAAACACCGAUACCAGACACUACUGGAAAUUGAGUGACCAUAUUUUCAGAGCACAACCUGGAUUCACGGGACUUGGAUCUGGCGUUCAUGGAUUGAAUGAAUACAUCGAUGUGGACUCUCAUCUCCAAGUGGUUUCGUUUUACUACAACUAUCUACUUAGUAUUUCAUAG